AUCACAAUGUAAUUUUCUUCUUUUGUAGAUUACAGAGGAAGCUAAGAUGUGUCUCUACUGUAAUGUGUCUGUAGAAGAUCCACGUGACAAUGAAGUAUUUCUACCUACCCAAAACCAAGAUAGCCUGUGUUCUUAUAUAGCUCCUUGCCGACAUGAUGAACUUGGGAAGCAAGUGAAUUCAUUCUUGAAGAUAAAGGCACUGACGUUUAAUGAUGUACACAUGCACGCGUUUUCCAAUUGUGACACUGAGAACAUUUCUGCAGAUGCAAAUUGUACGUCAUACCCAUUUCAGACAUGCACGGAAAAUACGACAAGUGACGGAAGGACGGAGUUAUGUUGCAGUACUUCUGAGAUUGUUUCGAUCGAUGAAUGCGAAAAUAGAUGGUUUUUCUGGAUCGUCUCUGGUGUAUCUGUAACAUUAUACGUUUGUGGCAUUGUGAUGUGUUGCCUUUCUGCCGAAAUACGGAGAAAAAUUAUAUUAAGGAGAAUGUGGCAACGUAUGAUCAAUGAAACGGAAACAGCAUCUUACAGAUAAACUAAUACUUACACUACUUAAAGCCUUAUAUUCAGGGUUGUGGUGGAAAUCAAAUGAAACAUCUUCUUUAAAUAUGUACUGUAAUACAUAUGAAAAUAAUUGUGCAUGUUGCUUUGUUUGUACAGGAGAGAAAAUAGUCCAGCCUCUGAAACUGCAUUUGUGAGAAGUAAAUGAAUCUAAUAAAUGUAAUUGUCGUUCUGAGGACGAUCCUAUUCCAGACAUGCACAAAGGUAGAAAAGUAGAAAAAUCAUCGAACGGCAUGACAGUCGGUCUCAUUUUGAGAUAAUUUGAUCCAAAAAUUAUAUAACCUACUUAGAUAUGUUGAAACAUGGUCGCUAGGAUGUGGUCACUUUUCUCUAUUGUUACGAGACAUGUGCAAUGAAGAAACGCCAGCAACAAACUUUUAACAAACGAAUUUGUAGAGGAACUAUUUUAUUUUCAAAUUAUUAAAAGGAUGCUUAAUUGAUGCUUUUAUAAAAUCAUCAGCACAUCAUCAAAGGAAAAUUGUGUUCAUGAAAUGUAGGAUAUUUCCAUUAAUUAUGUCUCUCACACCUACCCCCUCUGGGGGAUACAUAUAGUUUUUGUCAUGUCCGUCCGUCCGUCACAUUUCAUUUCUUCUGAUCAAUAACUAGAGAACCUUUUGCCCUAGAACAUUCACACUUCAUAAGAUGGUAGGGCUUAUUGAGUAGACGACUCCUAUUGUUUUUGGGGUCACUCCAUAAAUGUUAAUGUCACAGGGGCCUGAACAUGGAAAACCAUUUCCGAUCAAUAACUUAAGAAUUAUUUGACCCAGAAUGUUGAAACUUCAUAGGAUGACAGGACAUACAGAGUAUAUGACCCCUAUUGUUUUUUUGGUCACUCCAUUUAAAGUCAAGGUCACAGGGGCCAUCUGCCUGUCACACUUCAUUUUCGAUCAAUAACUUGAGAACCAUUUAACCUUGAACCUUCAAACUUUAUUGGUUGAUAGGACUUACAGAGUAGAUGACCCCUAAUAUUUUUGGGGUUACUGGGUCAAAGGUAAAGGCACUGGGGCCCGAACAUGGAAAUCCGUUUCUGAUCAACAACUUGAGAACCACUUGACCUAGAAUGUUGAAACUUCAUAGGGUGACUGGACUUGCAGAGGAGAUGACCCCUAUAGAUUUUUGGUCACUGUAUUGAAGGUCAAGGUCACAGGGUCCAGAACAUGGAAACCCAUUUCCGAUCAAUAACUUGAGAACCAUUUAACCCAGAACCUUCAAACUUUUUAGGGUGAUAGGACAUACAGAGUAGAUGACCCCUAUUGUUUUUGGGGUCACUCCAUUAAAGGUCAAGGUCACAAGGGCCAUCUGCCUGUCACACUUCAUUUUCGAUCAUUAACUUGAGAACCUUCAAAUUGUAUUGGGUGAUAGGAUUUACAGAGUAGAUGAGCCCUAAUAUCUUUGGGGUUACUCGAUCAAAGGUUAAGGGCACUUGGUCCUGAACAUUGAAAACCGUUUCUGAUAAAUAACUUAAGAACCACUUGACCCAGAAUGUUGAAACUUCAUAGGAUGAUUGGAAAUUUAGAGUAGAUGACCCCUAUUGAUUUUUAGGUCCCUUGCUCUAAGUUCAAGGUCAAAGGGACCAGAAAUUGGAAAACCGUUUCUGAUCAAUAACCUGAAAACUAUUUGACCUAGAAUGUUCAUAGGGUCGUAGGACUUACAGAGUAGAUGACCCCUAUUGACUUUAGGGUCAUUCGAUCAAAGGUCAAGGACACAGGGGCCAGAACAUAGAAAACAUUUCCAAUCCAUAACUUAAGAACCAUUACAUCCAGAAUGUUGAAACGUCUUGGGAUGAUUGGACAUGCCAAGCAGAUGAUCUGUAUUGCAGCUAACCAUCGGUGUCUCUUGGACUUUUGCUCCUGUCCCCUACUGGUUUCUUACCUAUUACUACUAUGCAUUGGGGGAGACAUUCGCUUUUCUGCAAAAGCAUCUUCUAGCUGUUCAUUAGUUAACAUCUAAAGCACAUUGAUUGACUUACCUUCAGUCAAAUGACAAAUAUUUGCAACUGGUAUAAUUUGGCUAAAUUUCUAAAACAAUGUGAGUGUAUAAUAAAAAUGAUUGUUGCUUUGCUU